GGUGGAGGUGGACUGGUGGAGGAGGUGAGGCACAGAGUGGAGGUGGAGGAGGCGGUGAUGGCGGCGGCGGUUCUGCGGUGGUGGUGGUGUUGGUGGUGCCCCCUCAGCAUGACACCCACCACGCACACCAGACUUAAUCGAGGCAUCUGAAGGCGUGGCGAGGCGUGAGGCAUGUGGGCGUGCGGAGGCGGGCUGGAGGUGGGCGUGGGCGUGGAGGUGGGCGUGCAGGACUCCAUCUCGCGGGCUCUGGAGACCUGCCAGAACCUCAACCAGUUCAUCGCGUCCCAGGCAGAGCACUUGGAGAGGCUGAGGUCCCAGUGUGCCACCUCCGCCCAGCUCACCCAGCAGGAGAUCCGCACCCUUGAGGGAAAGCUAGUAAAGCUAUUCAGCCAACAGCUGGUGAUCAAAAGACGCUUGCCUGUGGGAGUGGUCCUGCCCUUGGAACUCCAGCUAUACCCCUCCCUCAAGCAGUGGCUUCAGGUGGUUGGCCUCUGUAAGGACUCUAUACAUGGUUUAUGUCAGAGAAUUCCAACAUUAGAAGGACUUCUAGAAAAACGAGAAAAUGAGCUUCGAAAUAUUCUCAACGAUUAUGGAGCAGACCGGAGUGAGGCUCACAAGCUUGCUCGAGCCAUGCACAACCUUAAGCGCUACACAGAGAUCCAGAUGCAAGGUCAGGGAGGGGAAAGGGGCAACUCAGAUCUGCCCCUCUACUGGGACUCAUGGGAACGCUCCUGUCCACCGUCCCCUCGGCUGAGCCACAGGGCCCAGCGGGAGGGACGGUCCUCUGUAUCCUCCUCUGAUGGUGAUGGAGGGAGUGUGGCCAGCAGCAGCACCAGUGGAGGGGCUUGGAGUGGGGAUGGGAGCAGGACAGGCGGCAGGGGUGCACCCAUCAGCCAGCGCAGCAGUGAUGACUCCUCCACCCCUUCCUCUCCUCCUCCAACCUACUGUUCUGUCGCUCCUUCAAGCCCAGGUGGUCCGUUUCAUGCCAUCUCCAACCUCGCCUUGUCAGGAAGUGGCUCACCAUUCUUUGAGAAGCGAUCCACACCUCCACCAACGCCCAAUAUUCCCAAAGGCAAAUCCUCAGGUGACAAGAAGUUUCCAACGACACCUCCUCCUGGCAAGAAAUACCAGACCCUGCUGAACCCCACACUCCCGCUUGGCCGGUCCACCUCUCAUGAGUCCCAGCUGGCCCCGCGUGCUGAGGGACAUGACCACCAGUCCUCAACAGUCAUCAGUAAUUUCUUGCUGAGACGAAAGUUGAACAAUUUUUGGCUGGGUGGCAGCAUGGAACAUCUUGGAGCUCGACGAACACGGUUGCACUCUGAGUCUGAGACUUCAGGAGUAGUAGAUGGCCAAGGCAAGCGAACAGACAGUGGGCGAAGCAGAACAGAUGUGCGAGAGAUGAGAACAGCACAAAAUUCCCCUGCCCCUUCCACCCUUGCCAGUCCCAUCAAAUCCCCAAACUAUACAGACCACACUGAAGAAGAGAACUACACAAGCAGUAGUUCCCUCAUUGUCCCCAAGUCUCCUCGCACCCCAACGCUGCCAGGAUCCAUGGUCCACAAUGUUCAGCAUCGCUUCAGUAAAACUCUCAAACCUGCAAUCUGUGGAUAUUGUAACCAUAAGUUCACCAUACUCAGUGGUUUGAAGUGUAAAGAGUGCAGCUUUAAAUGUCAUCGAGAAUGCGAACCCAAAGUGCCACCUUCUUGUGGGUUACCUCCUGGAUACCUGGAAUUAUUUACAGAAACAAUCAUGAAGGUUAGCAUGGAUGGUGGAGUGAGGCCGCCAGGGCGGGGCGGAAUCUCGCACUUCAAUGAUGUGUUUCCUGCAUCCCUCCGAGGCAGCCCCAUGUCCCACUCACAUCCGUCCAUCAACAUACCAUCCCUGCAGGGCCCAGACUCCAGUUCGAACACCUCCAGUUGCAACUCCUCCACUCCUUCCAGCCCAGCUCCUCUGAUCUCUGUCUCUCCAGCCCAACAACAAGCAUUCCAUUUUCCAGCUACCCGGGGAUUCCACUUCCCAGGUAGGUGGACAGAUGUGAGUGAGGAUCCCGGGGAUAUCCCACAGGAGAUGAGACCCUUGGCACUUAUCUCCAACAGGACACUCAGUAAGGCACCCUUAUCAGCCUCCACACAGAGUGACAUAAUAGAUACCCGGCAAUCCCAUGAUUCAGACCGCACUGUGUCGCAAACUUCAGGGUCUGGCAGCACUGGGACUGAUGACUCUGAGCGCACCAUUGGUGUUCGUGUGGACUCUCAGGACUCCACGGUGUCCGACGGGGAAAACGCAGACUCACGCUGCACCAGACAGAACAGUGUGACCAGUGUCUCUCAGUGGGACAUUCCCUAUGAUGAACUGGACCGUGGAGAGAUCAUAGGCAGAGGACGGUUUGGCAUUGUCUACUCUGGCAAUUGGCAUGGACAUGUAGCCAUCAAGGAAUUGCGAAUGGACUACGUCAAUGAUGAAAAGACUCUUGAGGCCUUCAAGGCUGAAGUGAGCACAUUCCGUAAAACACGCCAUGAGAAUUUGGUGUUGUUCAUGGGGGCGUGCAUGAAGCCCCCACGGCUGGCCAUCGUCACCAGCCUGUGCAAGGGCCGGACGCUCUACACGCACAUUCAUGUACAGAAGGACAAGUUCAACAUGUCCAAGACUAUUAUGAUUGCCCAGCAAAUCUCCCAGGGAAUGGGCUACCUUCACGCUCGUGGAAUAGUUCAUAAGGAUCUCAAAAGUAAGAAUAUAUUCCUGGAGAGUGGUAAAGUUGUCAUCACAGACUUUGGAUUGUUCAAUGUGACCAGGCUUUGCCACGAUACCAGGCGAGGCAACUGGCUUAGCAUUCCACCUGGCUGGCUUUGCUACCUUUCUCCUGAAGUCAUGAGAAGCCUCCGGGUGGUACAGAGGCAGGACGACACUCUGCCCUUCACCACCUACUCUGAUGUCUACUGUUUUGGGACGGUGUGGUAUGAGCUACUGUGUGGAGAAUGGCCACAUAAAGGGCUGCCCCCAGAGGCCAUCAUCUGGCAAGUGGGUCGUGGCAUGAAGCCUUCCCUGGCCAACCUGCAAGCUUCACGUGAUGUUAAGGAUAUCUUGAUGGCCUGUUGGAGCUAUCGGCCAGUUGAGCGCCCUGAGUUUUCUCAGAUGCAGAACAACUUGAACAAGCUUCCUAAGAAGAGACUCCACCGCUCACCCUCACACCCAAUUCACCUUUCAAGAUCAGCAGAGAGUGUCUUCUGAGUUGAGGAAGGAGAGCACCUUCAAAAGGGUGAAAUACUCAUUACUGACUUGAAUUUUUUAUUGUAAUUUAUUUUAGGUUUAUGUGGGAGUGACCACUGUUUAAUAUAUGCCCAUCAUGGUUGUGGUAUGGUGAAAACAUGCAUACCCUCUUGUUAUUAGAACCUGUUCAAAAAUGUCUUAGUUAUACAUCAGAGAUAUCAGAUAACAGGUAUUACUAGGGAAUGAGAAUAGAUGUGUAUUUUUUAUAUUGAAGGAAAAAAAGGCUUGCCAUCUAGCAAAGUGAUUUUUUUUUUUUUUUUUUUUUUUUUUUUACCUUGAAAUGUACAAAGAAAUCAUAAGCUUGGUUUUGAAAAUGCAAUAAUAACAAAAGCUCCCAUGGCAAGAUGUGAAGUAAAGGUUAUUUUUACUUUUUUGUGUGCCAUAACUGGAGAAUAUUUUGAAAAUUAGUUAAAGUAUUCAUGUCAUCUACUCUGAAGUCAUUUUAUGAUGGAUUUUUUUCUUAAAUGGGCACACAGAAGCUCAGAGACAGAGGAACUAGAUCACUAGGUCAGUGCAAACUUCUACUGGUGUUACUAACCUUUGCACAUUAUACUGACUUAGCAUGUCUUAUAGUCUGCAUAACUCAUACCAGCAUAAAGCAACAACUGUACUAGUGAAGACAAAUCCAACAGUUUCUAGUCAGCCCAUGUACACUAGGGAGUUUCCUGCCGUAGAUAAAAGGUAUAUUAGGUAUACAUAUACUACUAUUACAUCUUGUGAAAACAAAUUGUGAACCUAAGAAGAGCUUCUCUGAGGUUAUUUAUAAUAUGUGUUGUGAAGUACAGUAGACAGUAGUCAGACUGAGAGAAACCUCAUGUGAAGUGUUAGAUGGAGAAGAAAGAUUAGGAAGGUUUCUGAGAGUACAUAGUGAUGAAAACUGAAUCUCUGCGACUCGAUUACUGGUACCCCAGUAUUCAAGACAUCACAGAUUUCUUGUGAAACGUGUCAACUCACAGUAGCUAGUCAUCAUAUAUGCUAACCCUGUAUGUUUAAAUUAUGAAGUCAGUUACAACUUGCAAAGGAUCUUUUAGAAAAGGAUGAUUCACAUCAGACUAAAAUGGGGUACCACAAAUUUGCUGUCAGCAGAGGCAACAAGAGGCUAGUCAGACAAGUUACUGAUAAAGGUUAAGGAAGUUUGUUUGAGGCCAUAAAUCAAGCAGCUUUUGUAGAAGCUCACUAUCAUAUGACUUCUUACUGCUGGUGAAUAUCUCCUACAAGACAUCACUCAGUUGGCCUGCUAACAGGUGUUGGGGGCAGCAGUCGUGCCUCCAUUGCCUGAUUUCUUGGUCACAUGUGAGCUCUAUUGGCAAGUGAGUUUCAGAAUCUUAAUUGAGUUGACUGGCAGUUUUGCUCUUCAUCCAAACUUCUAUUAUCACAAUAUAAAGGAAAUUACAUGUCAUUUGAAUUUAAUGUAAAUGCACAGCACUCUUAAGCAAUUUCUGAUGCUGUCUUAAUUCUUUGUGUUCUAUUUCACCACCUCUUAGUGGAAAUCCUUAUAAAAGUGGUGAAGUUUUGAUUAAACUCUUGAUAACCAUCACAGUAAAUUAGCCUCUCUAGGACACUGGAAUCUUCAUUGCACUCCUUGAAAGUCCAGUUCAUAUACAACAUUGUCCUCGUAAAAAUUUGACAGCAGCCUAAUCUUGGUGAUUUCAUCUUUGUUUUUCUUGUUUAGGCAUCAGUUUUAUUUUCAAAUACAUAGAACCUAAGUUAGCAUGAACAGUUGAGUUUUCACUAAAAAGUUGGAGCUGCCAAGUUUUGUCUGUGCAUUGUGUACUCUUGGUCUAAAUGUUUUCAUUGGCAUUACACACUUGCUGCUUGGUGGAAACUGAUGAACAGUGUUCUUUCAUGGUAGGUACUUAUUUAGAAGCUGUUCUGAAGAAUUCACUUCACUUUGAUUUCAUGAUGUCCAAAAAAUUAAUGUUCACUCUUAUAUUUCGGCUGCACAUUUUUCCUCCCUCUCCCAUGCUUCCACACCUCUAGAUUUACUUUGCCCAUUGGUAACUGAAGUCUCACCUAGUGCUUGUUUCCCUCAUAGUACAUGCCAGUUUUCUUAUGUCUCCGUCUUUGUACGUAGUAUGAACAUCUCUAGUCCCAUAACCACAGCCAAGGACCUCCCUUCCCAUCUGACUCCCUCUCCUGUGUGUAGGUGACCGUGUGUCAUCCUUGUGGCCUCUGUCACUGUUUGUGGUCACAGUCUAAAGGAUCAUCUUAACCAAACCUAACAGUGUAACAGCAAGCCAGAAAUACUAUUACUUACACAUCUUCUGGAUUUACAUUUCACAACCGUUGGUUCCUUAUCUUGGACAAUCUCCCUCAUACUACAAUUUUUUUUCUUGUAUUAGCAUAUUGUAUUACUAAGACUGGUUCAUCCCUAUUUCUACAGUAUUCCCAUGUUUCUCUCAGAAUUUUGGAUCUUACACAUUUGCUUUUUUUUUUUUUAUAUAAUAAUAAUAGGACAAUUUUUGCAGAUAUCUUGACCUUGAUUUAGGUGCCAGUGUUUAAUUUUUAUCUCUUUAUUUUCAUAAAAAAAAGUACAGAGGACUUCUGGACUCUGAUCACAAAACCUGAACUGACACAUUUGUCAUUUCUUUGGAACUGAUCACAAUUGUCUGAUGUAAUUGCUUAGUUACCUUGGACAUUAAAACGUUUUACCUGUUUCAUUGCAUUUACUUGUUUAUAUAUUCAUGAGAACAUUUGAUUCCAAAGGGUCCAGAAUAUGAACGUCCUUUAUUUCCUAUAUCAUAACUACUUAUGUGUUGUCCCUUCAAGUCCUUGACCGAGACACGGGUUCCGCAGUAGGUAGUGACAUCGCUGCUCUGUGUUCUACAUGCCUAGCUUUUUCCUAUAGUCGGUGUUUAUGUAUGUGUGGAAUCUGUCUAUGGCUUUUUCCCUUCAUUGAUGAGGGUGUGAGAAUAGCAAAUUUUCACACCUGAGUCUGGGUUUAAAGUUGAAGACUCUGGAUACAUGACUAGUUUUGUCUUGCAGCCAGAUGUCCGGAACUCUACCAGCCGUGCACUGUAACUGUUCGUGCGUGACUUGUCCCACUGUGUAGAUUUUAACAAUUCGAGGGCAGUUCUUCCCAGAUUGCUGAACCUCACAGGAACUUGGCAUCAAAUUUCCUCACUUUUUUGAAGCUCGAUGGGUCCUUGUGAGUAAUCUCCCCCAAAGGUCUCACAAGGACCCACUGACAGCUGGCCUGGAAGUCAAGGCAGACCCACAGUAAUCCCCCUACUGUGCUUGGCCUUGCCUCCUGGGCUGUUCACAAAUACUCAUCACUUUUGUGUGUGUGUGGUGAAUAAAAUCUUGUUGGGUAUGCAAGGUGAUAUGCAUUACUUCUUUUAAGAUAAACAUGUGUUCAGUCAAAUUUGUUACUAUUCAGGAGAUGUGCAGGAAUCACAAUAAAAAGGUAUAACUAUUUUUUGUCAACACUUAUGCAAAACUUUUUUAUUGUCAAGAGAGAUGACUGUACUUUUUUAGUGAUGUAAUUUGGUAUGUACUUACUGACUACAUUAGUGAUGGUAUUGCAUGCCUGUCAUUCAGAUAAUGGAUGUAUGAUAGUAGAUAUAUACGUAAUUUUAUUUUAAUAACAAUGUAUCACUUCAUUCUACUUCCUGUCUGUUGCCAAAUCACUGUGGGUAGCUUGGCCUGCCUCAGCCUGGCAGCCUUGUGUGCCGGGGGUGAAGCAGGGCAGCAGCCAUGCGUGGCCCCCCUGACAGCCUCCCCCCUCUCAGGGGCGCCCCUCAUCCCCCUGCUGGUCCAGGCAUCACGUCUUGGAGGCCUGCCUAUACCCUCAUCUUGACUUUGAUUUUUGUUAUCAAUGGUUUUGAAAAUGUAUCUUUAGAUUUAUAUUUCAUUAAUAUUAUGUAUAAUACUUAAUUUAUUUGUACAUAAUGAUGUGUCAACCAAAUAUAGUUUGUAUAUAUAUUAUGCAUUAAUA